CGCUCUGUCAGAUCCACUAUGAAGAGUUUAAACACCAGGAAACUGAGGUCAGGUCUCUGGUUUCUUUCUGCUUCACGGUGGACUGGGUAAAAUUUUAAACUGAAUCUGCUCAGUUUGUGCUACGACCACUGGCUUCUCCUCCCUAGCCACGGCCCCCGCCUCUACCUGGGUCUGUCCAAGAGGAGUCCUGACCAGAACUAUACAUCUGAGCAGCAGUCCGACACCAACCACAGUAAUGGCAGCAUGAAGUCACCUGUAGGGGGCGGAGGGUUGAUCUGUAUAAAGAUACAGCGCAGAGAGCCGUCUUCACAGCAUCUACUGGCAGGUGAAAACUCUGACACCUCCUCAGCCUCAAAGGAUUACGACCAGUUAUCUUCAGGAGAGAUGAAGCUCACCAUCGCCAGCCUCGUGUCCUUCCUCCGUCCAGCCGCCCCCCUCCUCGUCCUCCUGUCGCUGCUUGUGAUUGGCUGGGCUGAGCGGGCCGCGGGGUUGCCCAUCAACCCGCCGAUCAGCGACCCGCUACGAAACCCAGACACGUACGCCGCCGUCCGAGAAGUCUCACAACACGCACAGAGUCUGGACACAGGCGACGACUCUGACACCAGACUGAUGCCCAAAGCCAACACUGACCAGGAUCUCCUAAAGCUCUGCUGCCUCCACGCCAACAUCCUCGACUACUACCUCUACAACAUCCUGAGUCACCGUGACAACGAGCAUCACAAGAUGCAGCGGCUGCGGACAGAUCUGACACGGGUCAGCGAGGACCUGCAGGCUCACGGCUGUAAUGUGACUCACUACCACGACCAUCACCACGCCGUGGAGUUUCGCAGGAAACUCACUAAGAUGGGAGGUGAGAGAGGCAUAACCAAGGCCAUGGGAGAGAUCGACAUCCUCUUCAACUACCUGCAGGAUUUCUGCGCCAAGCCCAAGAACUCCACCGGUCCUGCUGCUGCCCAAUGAGGCCUGGACUGGUUCUGAUGUCUGAAGACUGAGCAUUUCUAUUAUUUAUCAUAUUUAUCACCUUUUCUAACGUUUUAUAAGUUUAUUUAUUGACGUAUUUAAUUUGAGAAACUUUUAUAUGUAGAUUGGUUAUUGAUCUAUUUAUUGAUCAGGAAGUUGAGAUGCCUCUGGUGUUGAUUAUGUUGCCAUGUUAACAUGGCUAAUUGUUAAACUGGUAUUUCAGUUUUUAAAUGUUACAGUUUUUACUCUAAAAAAAAUAAAGUUUUUUUGAAAUGGAA